AUGGAUGAGUCUACUCCACUUCUUGAGAAUCAAUCGCAUUCUCUCUCUCAAAAAAGGCUCUUGGUCAUAUUUCCUGCUCUUGCGCUCAUACAGUUCACCUCGUUCCUGGACCAAACGUCCAUAUCCACCAGUCUUCCCGCCAUCGCUUCGGCCCUCCAUACGGGAGCCUCUAUCUCUCUCGUCGGCGCUUGUUUUCUUAUUACUAGCACAAGUAUCCAACUCAUCAAUGGAAGGCUUUCGGAUAUUUUCAGCCGCAAGAUCUCGCUUAUCGCGGCUCUUUCAAUUAUGGGAGGGGGCAACGUGCUCUCGGGCUUUUCUGGGACACCUCUGCAAUUGUUCGCCGCCAGAGCGUUUACCGGCUUUGGUGCCGGGGCCAUAAAUGCGCUUGUACAGAUUGCGAUUGCGGAUAUCACGACGUUAGAGCAGCGCGGCUAUUACUUUGGCAUAGUCGGUGCGGCGACGGCGCUGGGAAACGGGCUCGGUCCCGUCAUAGGAGGGGCUUUGACGCAGGUUGCUGGAUGGCGGUGGGCGUUCUGGUUUGUGAGCCCUCUGUGCUUUGUGGCUAUUUGUUAUCUCGUGUCAGUUUGGCCGACAUCUUCUUCGACGCAUGCCAAAGGCCGAGUCUGGGACAAGUUGAAGCUGGUGGACUGGGCUGGAGCCCUUGCCAGUCUUUUUGGCAUUACUUUGUUCCUCAUUCCGAUAUCACAAGGCGGAACUACCAUGUCAUGGACCUCUCCGGUGACGAUUGGCAUGCUCAUCGCUGGCGUGACGCUAUUCGGCAUCUUUUUGAUUAUCGAAUGGCGAUUUGCGAAACUGCCCCUGCUGCCAUUCCGGCUUUUCAGCUACAAUCGUUCCACGAAUAUUCUGAUUUUCAUUAACAUUCUGAUCGGCUGGAUUUAUUGGGGUAAUUUGUUUGUUCUUCCGUUGUACCUGCAGAACGUCCGAGGGUUCAGUCCGUCUCAGGCUGGCGUUUUGCUCUUACCAAUGGUCAUCUCCCAUGGAGUGACAUCGGCUCUGACUGGCAUUCUCAUAUCCUUUCUUGGACACUACAAACCCAUUAUUGUAACAGGAGCCACCUGCUGGGCUUUGGCCGCAGUCGCCAAGUUUUACAUUGAUCAAGACACCCAGAUUUGGAGCCUCAUCGUCGUCGGCAUCCUCGACGGUGUAGGAGUCGGGUGUUCUUUGCAGCCUGUUCUUGUGGGACUUUUCGCAGCAUCCGAUUCCGAUGACCGAGCCGUUUUAACAGGACUACGAAAUUUCUUACGAGACAUUGGAGGCGCAACUAGUACUACAGUCUCUGGUGCUAUCUUGAGCAACGUUUUAUAUGUCCAGUUAAAGUCCAGAUUCAGCCCGGAACUUAUCGCGAAACUGGUUUCAUCAGCCAAUGCACUGGAAAACUUGCAUCUGACGGACGAAGAGAAAGCCCUGGUAAAUCAAGGGUAUAUGGAUGGGCUUCACGCUGUGUUCGCGUCAUUUGCUGUACUCGUCGCCAUCCAUCUCGGCAUGUGCUUAUGUAUCAAGGACUAUGGAUUGAAGCGUAAUAGCCCUCCACAGAUGCAUCGGCAGACUUGA